UAUAGGGGAAUCAGGUGUGAAAACGCUGGAGGUGUAUUGAUAUUUGUAGCCUAUUGAUAACGUGUAUUUGCUGUUUGAAAUACCUAAUGUCUGCCUGCCUGUGGGGACGUCCACACCCUUUUGUCAACAAAGCAGGCUGACACCAACCUGUGGACACCGAGGCCACCUGCUGGACGCUGCGUGUCAUUACAGCACACAUAAGAAACGGUUUGUCUCUGUUGCUGUUGUAUGUCAGGUCCUCCCAAUCCGCACGCAGGGACACAGUCCGCCCUCCUCAGCUCCUGUCCGUGGGGUCCUGCUCAUCCAGCAGAAGCAGGAGCAGAUCUCUGGAGGAGGUGGAAACUUGUAAACACUCUUUUUCUCUUCUUAUUUUAACCGACACAUCGGGAUGGGAGUUACAGGAGCGCUUUGUGACGAGCCUGCGGGUGUCCUGUAAGCGACACAUCCAACCGGUUACGGUUCGCUGCUGCCGAGCGUUUCAACGCCUGCUGGCUGAGAGAAGCGGGAGCCAUGAUUGACCUGAGCCACCUGACGGAGGAGGAGCAGGGGAUGAUAAUGACGGUGCUGAGGAGGGACGCCGAGCUGAAGAAGGCCGAGGAGGAGAGAAUCAGCAAACUGGAGAAGAUACUGAACAGUGGCUCAAAGUUGGACAUCAAGUGGAAGUACUUGACUGGAGAGUGGUUUUACGAGGCCAAGUCUCGCAGGCACAUGGACAAGAUCCACGGCUCGGAAAUCAUCCUGGCCUCCAUGAAACAGAAGAAGGCUGGUUUAGACGGAUCUCUCAGAAUUGAAAGAUCCAAGAUGCCCAGCUGUCCAGGUUCAGAAAUCCCCUCUCCACCAAAACCUGCCAGAUGUUUGGAGGCACUACAGCCACAGAUGAUCAAUGAUGCAGAAAAAGAGAAUCUGAGUUCAGCGGUUCGCUCUCCAAGAACGCCAAGGCACAACCCUUUCAACCGAGCUUCUCUUGUUAUUGUUGAUCCAUCUGAAAAUCAUAAUGACGUAUCAACCAUUCAGGAACAGGAGUCAUCUGAGAAAGAGCUCAUAUCUCCACUGAAGAGCUACCCAUCACGAGAGGCCAGUCAGACUUCAGGGGGUUCAGUCACAUCUGAGGCCUCCUCUGCAGGCUUCAGGCCAGUGCCAAAGAAAAGGACAUUUCUUUCAAGAUGUACCUCCAGUAAUUCAGAAAGCAAUAGCGUGGCACUAGAUACUCAGGUAGGAUUGGCAGGGGUUGUUCCUGCCCCAAGACGAAGCCUCCAACGAGGGUCCAGUGGGAGCUCUAAUCAGUCCUACCUGAAGGACCAAGAUGAAUUGCCUCAGAAAAGUGGAGUUUCUUCUCGAGUAUCUCUAAUCAAGUCUGCUCAGUCAUCCACAUCUAUUGAUGAAAACUUCCAGCAGAAACUUCCACUUUCAUCUAACUCCAGUUUGGAGAGAGAAAGAGACCCAUCUUCUCUAGCGAGAGACAGACCAGCCACAUCCACCAGGAGUGAUGCGUCCACUGACAGAGAAAUACCACAGAAGAGCGAUGAACGAAAUGUUGAGAAGCAAAGAGAACGUGCAGCGCUGAACACUGUCAUCCUGCACACCGGCAGCACUGAGGAUCCAGACAGAGAAAACUGUGUGGGAUCAGCAAUGAGGCAGGAACAGCUGAGUUUGCCUCAAAGUAUUGUGGAUCCAGAUCCUCCAGUAUCUUAUCAUCUCAAUUUCAUUGAUCAGUCUGAUCAGCUUACAAAGAAAUCAAAUCAGAAACAAGUGUUUAAGCUAUCCACCCAGACCAUCAGUCCCACUGGUGACGAGGAUUCCAUAGCGAAGGUGCUGGACUGGUUCAGUCGCAGCACAGACAGCAGUGAUUGGCUGAAUACAGAAGAUGGUCCAGAGGCCCCAGAGACUUCUGAUGAGCAUGUUGAAAUCAGCAAAUUCGAAAGUGAAGAUUUGUUAAGAAAAGAUUCUGGGGAUAUAACAACUGAUCGAAAGAAGGAAACUCUUGAAAUGAAGAGAAGUCACUCACAAAAACAGACCGCAGCUAAAGAGUUAAGAGCAACAGGCAACAAGGAAGUGACUGAAACACAAGAGGUGACAAAGGAUAGAAGAGAAAGAAUGCGCUCACAGGAAUUUGUCAACGAUGAAAUCCAACCACCACAAAUCUCACAUCUGAAGUCAUUCUGGGAGAAAAGCAAUAUGGGCCCUAAAAUACUUAUCAGCAAGUCAAUCACGGCCAGCGAUAAAGGACAAAAACCUGCUCACCUCCCAGUGGAGAAAGAUGAGGAGACAGUGAACAAACCCCUUGGAGUGUCCGAUAUGCCCUCUGUGUCUGGACUAUACAAUGGGAAGGAGAGUUACGGGGACGAAAGAGAACAACAACUGGUGAUCAGUCCACAGAAAGAUGCUCGAGACAGUGUUCAUUUAAACAGUGAUCAGGAUGCAUACUGUGUGGUGACAAAUGCUUCAACUCAAAGAAACUCUGAUUAUUUAAAGUCAGCAGCCAGUCCCCAAGUAGCUGACAGAAGAGGUUCAGACACAGAGAUUUUAAAUGUAGUGAAACUUAGUCCACAGCCAAGAACAACCAUCCAGUCCAGACUGAGUCCAGAGUCAGAGAUCGUCUCAUUAGCCAAACCACAUCCACAACCUGGUGGUAUUUCCCAAUCCAGAGAAAUCCCACUGCAAGAACUGUCCAAGACUAUUGUUGUAUCUCAACUGGAUGAAGGUUCCCAACCCUGGGACAGUCCAGACUCUGAGAAGCUCUCUUUGUCCAGGAACAGCCAAUAUGUUGACAUUAAGCAAGGCGGGAACAAUAUAGAGAUCACCCCCAAAACACAAAUACACAGAGGUCCCGGUGAAGAUAUAAAUUGGAAGGACAGUGAGGAUAAAAGCAUGCAAUCCAGCAUGUCUUCUAAACAAAAAGAAGAUAUUUUUAAUAAAGAAAGAACAAACAGACAAGGUUUGUCACAUCAAGAAAGUACUGCAGAGAGGAUAAAGCAGCUCAGAUCUUUCUGGGAACAGGAGAGCAAGGCCAUGUUUUACACCGGCAAACCCAAAGCUCUUGGGGAUGGCAGAGUCGUCCGUGGUGCAAAUCAAGCUAGGUUAAAUAAAAGAUUUACAAAGUCAGAGUACGACCUGAGGUCAAUUGGAAAUUAUUCAGGCAGCGAUGAGGAAGACUGUGAUAAAUAUCAACAUAAUUUUAGGCAGGAAAAGUCAUCCCCUCUCCUGGGCACGAAUCGGAGUCAAUUCAACAGUCUACGUGAGUUCUGGGGCGAAGCCACAUCUGAUACCAAGGGAUCAUUUGACAAACCCAAAAGCCCCAAAAGAAAGGAGCCAUUAAGUGACCAGCUUCCAUCUCAGGAAAUAAAAUGUGUUGACCCUGAGGUUUACCGUGACAAAACCAGACCAGCUACCAUGAAAUCAUCUCCACCUUCUCAGAUUCGAUCAAAGUCGCCCCAUGAUAGACAGUCUGGGUCCAGAGCGGCGAAUGACGGCAGAAACAACCUGUCUAAUUAUGUUAUAUCUGAGCAGCAGAGAGAGUCCAAAAGGAGCUCAAAAGACUCGAACAGAGAGGAGAAGCCCACAAAACCACAAGGUAGUUCAGGAAAAGAGACUCGUCCUCCAAAGAGCAGAAAAGAUAGCUUUGGCAAUUCAAGCCGUCGUGGAAAUUCAAUGCGUCGUGCUGCUAGCAUGUUCGCUCUAAGCAUUCCUGAUGAAAACGAUCAAAGCCUGCUAAAAAUGGAUGUAAGUCCUGUCCACUCGCAGUGCAGGAAGCAGAGGCAGAAUACAGAAAAAGGCAUCGCACCAAAAAGAUCAUCAGAGGAAACUGAGACUUUGACUCCACGAGCACGGGCAUGUGUUCCCAGAGACUACCGCCAUUACCUGGGAAUGACGGAUAAGACCAGCAUCGACACAUCCCUUGCCCCAGCUCCUGACGACGAGGGAUCAGAGGGCAAGUCUGGCUAUGAAUUUGACCUGAGUGGGCCAGUAAGAGCCAGCACUCCGGUGGGUUCAGAGGAGCGUCACAACAGGAAGGGCAGCAAGACCGGUCAACGCCCCCUGUGGGCUAACUACAGCAGUUCAGACACAGGUCAUGAGUCGUCUGUGAGCAGCACAUCGGAAACCUGGUCCAACUCGAGGAACAGUUCAAACCGUGAGAGUGUUGAUGAUAACCCUGUCAGGAAAGCAUUGAGGCGAGCAGAAACAAGGCCGAAAAAUCUGGCUAAAAGCAUGGAGGACAUCACUGCGUCCUUACCACGACAAGAAAGAAGGCAAGAGCAAACUGCUGACAUGAGACGCAUCGGCGAUGUUUCAUCCAUCCCGUCACCCUCCUCAUCCUUAUUUUCGGAUCCAGACCACCUGAAGAAGAUGAGCAAAUCGGUUCCUUUGUUCUCACAGAAGGAGGACAUCGCUAGAGACAGAGACUCCAACUGCGAGUACAGAGACUACAGAGGAAGACUAAUGAUGGGCAGCUCUUUCACUAACCUCACCAGCUCCUCUGGGACGGAGUCUGUGUCUUCUCUGAGUGGAAGUGUGAUGACCAUGUACAGCGGGGACUUUGGGUACGUUGAGGUUCAGGGAAACAUCCAGUUCUCCAUCAACUACAUUCAGAGGCUGAGAGAGUUUCACAUCUUUGUGGCUGAGUGUCGAGACUUGGCUGCAGUCGACCCAAAGAGGGGUCGCUCAGAUCCGUAUGUCAAAAGCUACCUGGUUCCUGACAAAGCUAACCUGGGAAAGAGGAAAACUUCUGUAAAAAAGAAGACGCUAAACCCAACUUUCAACGAGAUCCUGAGAUAUCGUGUUCGCAUGGAGUACCUCAGAACCCAGACGCUCAUUCUCUCCGUUUGGCAUCAUGACACUUUUGGCAGGAACAGUUUCCUGGGCGAGGUAGACGUGGACCUUUCCAAGUGGGACUUCGACCACGCCCAGAUGAACUACUUAGCCCUGAAAGCAAGGACUAUGCCCACUUUGACGCCAUCAAAUGUUCGAGGAGAGAUGAGAUUAGCCAUGCGGUUCCUGCCACAGGUUGUCCACAGUGAAGGAUUAGCUAAGGAGGGUCCAAACACCGGAGAAGUUCACAUUUGGGUGAAAGAAUGCAAGAACCUGCCUCUCAUCAGGGCCACCAUUGACCCAUAUGUUAAGUGCUUCGUGCUUCCAGACACGAGCAGGAAGAGUCGGCAGAAGACACGUGUGCUGCGGGGGACAGUAGACCCGGUGUUCAACCACACGAUGGUGUAUGAUGGCAUCAGAGAGCCUGAUCUAUCAGAAGCCUGUGUGGAGCUCACUGUCUGGGACCGAGACAGGCUAGCCAGCAACCUGCUGGGGGGCCUGAGGCUUGGACUAGGAACAGGCACAAGUUAUGGAGCAAUGGUGGACUGGAUGGACUCAACUCCCUAUGAGGUGGCCCUCUGGGAGCGCAUGAAGGCCACUCCAAAUGAAUGGGUGGAGGGUGUACUCCCUUUAAGAAUGCUGAACUCUGCCAAAACUGCUUUCAAAUAAGCAAAAGUAUACCCAGCUGUCAAACUUAAAAAAACAGUAUAUUUUUGAGUAUACACUAAAUCAUCAGUACACAAUAAAUAAACUUUUUUAAAGAUCCAGUGCCUUAAUUUAAUUUCAGUCAGGAAAAGCACAGAAUUUAAAAAUCUACUGAAAAAUAAAGACACUGGAGUGAAACACUGAAAUCGACGAUGUGGCUGACACAGCUGUGAGCUUUUAAUCUGGAAGGCAAUAGACGAAGAAAUUUAAGACACCUGCUGCUAAAUGAGGCAUGCAGGUUCAUGUAAAGCAUACAGUGAUGACAGCACAAUAAAUCCCUGAUAAAAACAUUGUAAAACAGUAUGCUGUUAUGCCCGGCCUGGGAGAAACUUAAGCUUGGCUUAAAAUGGACUCACCUUUUUCCCAACUCCCAAGGACUGAGCAGUGCCAUAGCAGAAUGCAGUCAAAUACAAAGUAAAUUUAUUUUAUUAAAGACUUACGACGGCAUCGGGGUGAGCGUG